CUGCUGGUUUCCUUUCUCAUCUGCAGAUUUGUGAGCAAAUAGCAACAGUCUAGAAAGAAAACUGAUUAAUAAAGUGAGAUCAGGGAGGAGUGAGACAAAAGAAAUAUAGGAAUAUAGAAAGAAAAUAGAAAAAGAUAGAGAUAAAGCUGUGAUAAAGGGAUAAUAUAACCAAAAAGCAAUAGAGAGAAAGAGGAAAUGAAAUCAGAGAGGAUUUGGUGAAAUAAAAGUUAACAGAAUAAGGGUAUAAGAAUUUGUGUGAGAGAUAUAACUAAAGAGUAUAAGAAAAGCUGAUUGGUUUAGAGCGCCAGACCUUUAUACAGGAUGAGUGAGACAAAGCGUCUGGAGCUCUGGAGAGCGCGGAUGUCUGAGGAUCUGGAUAGGGUGAUGCAGUUUUGGAGGCAACAUUCCCUGGACAAGGAAUAUGGAGGUUUCUUCACCUGUCUAAGCCUGGAUGGAGCUGUAUAUGAUGAUCUGAAGUAUAUCUGGCUGCAGGGAAGACAGGUUUGGAUGUAUUGUCGCCUGUAUAGAACAGUGCCCAGAUUUCACAAGCCGGAGAUACUAAAUGAUGCUGUAGCUGGAGGUAAGUUCCUUCUGGCUCAUGCUCGCCCCUCUGCCCACUCUCUUAAAUGUGCUUUUGUUGUGACCCGCGAUGGCCGAGCUGUGAAAGUCCAGCGUACCAUCUUCAGUGAAUGUUUCUUUGUGAUGGCUAUGGAUGAGCUAUGGAGGACGACCCAGGAGGAGCGGUACAAGAAAGAAGCUCAAAAUAUGAUGGAUCAAAUUGUACACUGGGUUCGGGUAGACCCAUCGGGUUUGGGAAGGCCAGAUCUGCCAGGUGCUGAUCCAGUGAACAAUAUGGCUACUCCAAUGAUGCUGCUGAACUUGGUGGAACAGCUUAGUGAGGAUAAUAAGGAAGCAGAACAAAAGUAUGAAGAGCUGGAAAGGUGGAGUGUGGAGAGGAUCCUGCAACAUCUUCAGCGAGAUGGAAAGGCCAUAUUGGAGAACGUUUCAGAUAAUGGACAGGAGCUCCCAGGAUGCUCUGGGAGGCAUCAGAAUCCAGGUCAUGCCAUUGAGGCAGGCUGGUUCCUUCUCCGUCACGCCAUGAAACACUCUGAUAGCGAACUGAUACAGACGGCAGUAGAAAAGUUUAUUCUUCUCCCAUUCCUUUCAGGAUGGGAUCAGGAAUAUGGUGGACUAUUUUCUUUUCAGGAUGUUGAUGGACAUUGCCCUACGCAGCUGGAGUGGAGUAUGAAGCUGUGGUGGCCACACUCAGAAGCCCUCAUUGCUUUUCUCCUGGGAUACCAGGAGACCAAAGACCCUCGGCUACUGGAGAACUUUCAGAAAGUAUUUGACUACGUAUUUAGCCGGUUUACAGACCUAGAACAUGGAGAGUGGUUUGGAUACCUGAAUCGAGAAGGCAAAGUCGCGCUUACCAUUAAAGGUGGUCCAUUUAAAGGAUGCUUUCAUGUCCCUCGCUGCCUGUACAUGUGUGAAGAGAUCCUUUCAAGGCUUCUAAAGGAAGAAAAGGACUAAAUCGGCUAUAAUUGUAUUCCCAACGCUGCCAACCGUCACACAUUUUGUGGGAUUGCUUUGGCUCUGCCCUUCCUGAUGUCCCAACCCCCACUUUUUCUCUUCCUGUUUAGGAUCUGGUUUAUAUAAAUUGUUUGGGACUGCAGAAACCCCACCUUUAAAGGGACAUUAAACACUAAAUAAAUGCCAGAUAGAAAGAUAGAUUAGUCUGAGAAUAACACGUAGAUGUAUGUUUUAAAGUUUCAUUAGUUGUUUAAAUAUUGACAAAAUAAGUGUAAAGGUUUAGUGUCUAUAAAACAGUGGGAGCUGCCAUGUUGUAACUUGUGUUACCUUCUCUGCUGUGGCCAAUUAGGGUCAGUUAUAAAUAGGUCAGUAUUUAUAUGUGGAAUAUAACAGUGCUCUGCACUUCCAUUUCUAACAGGAACUGAAAAGCUCUCAAUUUCAGAAUGGAAUUACAGGAAAAGGGAACAAAAUAAAUAAUUUAAUUAUAUUGUAGAGGUUUUUUUAUAUGUACAAUUUGACAUUUUAUACUACCAUCUCAAAGUGUUUAAUGUCCCAUUAAUCGCUGCUCUUUGCACCAGAAUUUUCAAACUCCACCCACAAACCACCAACACUCUGUCCUCACCUUGGAACUAUAUGACUACACUUUUAUUAGGGUUGUUCAAAUGUGUAAUUACAGAGGAACUUGCAAAAAGCAGAUAGUCCUACGCAUUUUGUGCAAGAGCACUUUAUCAGAGCUGGUGAAAAAACUGGCAUGAUAAUAUUGUUAAACAUUACAUUAAAGGGCCAAUAUAGUUGAAAAAUGACAUGCUCUUAUUCGUUAGUUAAUCCCUGUAUGAUUCAGCAGUGUAACUUGCGCUGCUGACUAGAUCAACUGCAGUUUCCGCUCAGAACUGGCAGUACUCUGUGGGUUUCGAGCGGCACUUCUACUAUGUAGGUAGCCCCUUUGCAGGGCUUAAACAUAUAGAGGUGAAGAGUUGCUAGUCUUAAAAGUAUAUGCUUUAACGAAUUAGAGCAUGUCAUUUUUUUUUACUAUAAUAGCCUUUACGGACCUAAAGAACAUUGGCGUCACCAGGGUGGCACAAACCCCCCCAACAUAAUAGCUGGCCCCCCUAACUGGGAUCAACCCUCAUUUGCCCACUACCACUUUGUUCAGGUUCCUCAUAGCUCCACCUGACCACGCACACAGAACACCCCACCCAAUGACCAUCUGCCCCACUCCGUUGUGGUCCCUCCCACAAAAACUGAUGGGCCUCCUGCAAGUGCCCCCCCCCCCCCCCAUAAGAACAUUCUUGAGAUGCCACCGUUAAAGAAAUAUUAAACAUUGAUUCUGGGUAAAAAUUUGAUUUGCAAUUUACAGCAUUUGCUUUUUGCUUAAAAAGAUAAUUAACACCUUUACUACCCAUUCCCCAGCUGUGCAUAACCAACACUGUAAUAUUAAUAUACUUUAUAACCUCCCGACUGUGUAUGGACAAGGGAUUUACAUAUUUGCCUUUAGAAUUAAGAAUAAAGAAGUGAUUUUUCUUCUAAUUAAUGGGACACUGUACUGUAAAUAUUUGUGUCCACUUAAUGGGUUCCAAAUUACAUGUUAUACUUACUGAGAUUAUUAAAGGUAUUGGAAAUUGUUUCUAUAUAUUUUCUAUAUUUUCAUAUUUGAAAUAGCUGUUUUUGCUCAUGAAAACCAUAAUCUAUGUUCUCAAGGAAAUGCCUAUUUAAAUGGGCUGUCCCUGUAGAAAGAGCAGACCUGGUCAUGUUAUCUCAUUCUGUAUACAGAGUCUAAUAGUUAGGUAAUUAAAUGCUAAUUAAAGAUGGUGGGUAAAGGAGCAAUACCAUCUAAUUCAGAUACAAAAAUCUCUCUCUUUACCAUCCCCUACUGGGAGGACUUAUCUCCUGUUUUCAUAGCUUUUCUAAAUGGAUGUUUGGAAACACAUUAAAGUGGAGAACAUUUCACAGUACAAUGCCCCUUUAAAGUGAAAGUUAAUUUUCACCAACAUACUUAAUACCAUGGAUUCCUCUUAUAACACUAUAUGUAGUCGCUAAUUAUUUUUAAUUCCUUGUUAUUUUUUAUAUAUGAUCGAUUUUUAUAACAUACCAUCUCUGAUGUUCCUCUGCCCCCCCCCCCCCACGCUAAUUUCCUGGUUCGGCUAUUUUACAAGUAAGAGCGGUCCCACCCGCUCUUACGUGUUCAUCUGUGCACGCUCCUGAGCGAGAAGCAACAUGUAUUGUGCAUGAGUGAUACGGAUUACCAAUAUAGUUUAUACUUCUCUAAUUAUUAUAUUCUAAUAUUUUGAAAUAAAUAUAUAAGCUUACUUUGUCUAAGUAUAUUAUAAUAAAAUAAUUUACUUAUCGUUUAUUUUAAAAA